GGUGUAACAUCAUGACCACAGGUCGCGGAAGGGAACCUCAAGAGUCACUGUCUUGAAAUGAAUCGAGUGCAGAUUCCCUCAGCCGAACUCGGCACCCGAGCCAUGGCGAAAGGAACGAGGUCCAAACACCUCAUUCCCGCGCAGCCAUUGAGACCUUUAGAGCCACGGGUGCUCAAUGGCCGCGGUAUGCGGGUCCUUGGCUUCGUGCCGGCGCACGGCAGUCUGGUGACCAAACCUUUGGCGGCAGCGGAGGACACGCCAUCUGCCAAACGCCCAGAGGAUCCAGCCAGAAACUGUGAGGCGGCCUCUGUAAAGGGCCCCUCCGCUUGGAAGAAGGGAAAGCCAUUGUACGCGCAUGGCAACUACGGGAGUUACUACAGCUACCGGCACUCACCGGAAGAUGUUCAGGGAGAUCGGCGCUUGGUGGCGCUCAGCGAACGUUUUGGGAACGACUUCCUGAAAGACAAAGAGGUCCUAGACAUCGGCUGCAACUCGGGACUGGUGUCCAUCUCUGCUGCCUGUCACUUCUCGGCCCGGCGCGUGCUCGGAAUGGACCUGGACAGUGGGCUGAUCGAGGCGGCGGAGGAACACCUGCGGUCUUUGGGAGGCGUUUCAAGUCGUUCCGUGGAGUUCAGAGCGGAGGACAUUCUGACCUGUCCCCUUCGCCGUCAUGACCAACCAGAACGCUUCGAUGUGGUUCUGUGCCUAUCCGUCACCAAGUGGAUCCAUUUCGCUCAUGGCGACACGGGACUGCACAACCUCUUCAAACGUUGCUUCAAGCGCACCAGGCCUGGAGGAUACUUCGUCUUGGAGCCACAGGAAUGGGGCAGCUACAAGAAGAAGAGGCAUUUGACGCGAGAGAUCCGCCAGAGCGUGGCCAAUAUUCAAAUCCGCCCGGAGGAUUUUGAAGACUACCUUCAAAACGCCAUCGGUUUCGAAAAGGUGGAUGUGAUUGAACCGCCAGGUGAUUUGCCGCCCAACUUCCAGCGCCGCCUCCGAAUCUUCCGCCGGCCACUGGAGGAGGAGGAGGAAGUUCAACAGCCUGAGGCGAAACCCCGCAAGCGCAAGCGCGCAGCAUGAUGCGGCAGGGGUUCACCGGUUCACCAUUUGUGCAGAGACAAA